CCGGCUAACCUGCUAAUAGCCUUAAUUUGUAAGAUAAACAGUAGAAGAGUUUGACACUCACUCACCUAAUGUGCCUUUCCUCUGCCGUGCUGCCUCUGCUGCCUUUGGAGGCUUUGGAGGGACUGGGGGCGGCCUGCAGAGCCUGUGGAUCCCCAGAGUGUGGAGUUACUGUAAUCUAGUCGGAAGAAAUUUUCAUGUGGUGAGUCUCGUCGAGUCGCGGUGACUGAGUGGAAACCACUAAUGUGAGCAACAUGCAUCCACGCCUGCUUCCACAACAGUGACAAUAUUUUAAGGGGUCAAAGCUGACAAAGACGGGGUGUCAUGCUGAGUUAACCCCUGACACCUCUCGCCCUCUACCUCUCCACACCUCUCCCACUUCCCCUCACACGAGCUCUCUCUCCCCCCAGCCUUACAUAUCCACCAUUAAGGCUGUUUUCUCAAAGGUAAAAAAGAUGGCCACCAGAGGUCAGGUCCAAGUCCAAAAUAAAUUGCCUUCUUUCCUGAGGCUCAGCCAUUUUAAUAGUACAGAUUUAUUGUGCUGUGCUUUUUGGAGGGCGAUCAUAUGUACGUGGUCAGUAGCGCGUAUGCAGUCUGUGACCCAGCCUCCCUCUCACGUUACACCCUAUUUAUAACAUCCCCUCCACCGGCUCCCCUCGUUCUGCAGUUCCUAGGAACCUCCUUCUGCUCCCAGCCUCGAGCUCCAGUCCCCUGUUCCUCCUGACAUCUGAGAGGCUCUGCUGCAGCUUAUCCUGGGCUAACUGUUUAUCCUGUACAGCCUGGCAACUGGCCGCAUAUUCCGGAUUACCACUGGACACCCACUUCAAAACGAAUUUUACUUUCUGACUAUUCAAUCUUUCUAACUGAAGAGAAAAGUUUUGGGGUAGUUACAGGGAGAAGAGAAGCAUCUUGGAUAUGUGCUUGUGAUCAUUAAGUAACUUUACCCCUUUCGCUCGCCCUUCUCACCUUUCCUGGAGGGCCGCGUGUGUUUGCACACGAUGGAUCACACUUUGUUUGGCUGCCUGCGGAGCCCCCAUGCCCCAGCGCAGGCCCUGCAUCCUGCCUUCACCCAGUCUCCCCUCACUCUCCACGGACGCUCGGACCAUGUCUCCUACCCUGACCUGGCCUCUUCUUCGUCGUCCUCGUCCACCUCUUCACCGUCUCCCUGCAUCAUCUCCAGCUACCAGGGCGAUGACAGCCUGUUUCCAGGGCAGCAUCACCACCACCACCCCCACCGUGGCCACCUGCCCUCCCAGCAGCAUCACCACCCACCUCAGCACCAUGCAUCUUGGCAUAUUCCACAGAUGCCCUCACCUGGCAGUAGUACACGCCACAGUCUUUGCCACCCACACUCCCACUCGUCUCAUGACAAUGGGCCCACACCUCCAGACCUGGGCCACCCUGGUGGGCCCAGUAUGUGUGCCAGCACCCCAAGUCUGGGCAACGGCAGCACCCCCACAGGAGCCUCCUGUGUUCCUGCGGACUUUGGCAGACAGACUCUGUCACCUGCCGAAGCCGAGAAGAGAAACAGCAAAAGAAAAAGUGACAGUUCAGAGUCCCAGGACGGAAAUUACAAGUCAGACGUGAGCAGCAAGCCCAGGAAGGAGAGGACGGCAUUCACUAAGGAGCAAAUCCGAGAGCUGGAGGCCGAGUUCGCCCACCACAACUACCUAACCAGACUAAGGCGCUACGAGAUCGCCGUCAACCUCGACCUCACUGAAAGACAAGUUAAGGUUUGGUUCCAGAACAGGAGGAUGAAGUGGAAAAGAGUGAAAGGUGGCCAGCAGGGGGCGGCAGCUCGGGAGAAAGAACUGGUGAAUGUGAAAAAGGGGACACUGCUGCCGUCCGAGUUCUCUGGCAUUGCAGCGCUCCACCGUUCGACCGACUCCUUAGUCAAUGAGGACAGUCACGACAGCGACCAGAGCUCCGAGCACGCUCAGUUAUGAUGCACACACACCUGUCCCCACCCCCCCACAGUAUGGGCCUCAUCAUGAUGUAUGUUAAAGAAAUGAGGUUGCCACGCAAGCAAAAUGUAAAUCUCAAGCAUAUGAAGGAUGGUGAAUUAUUUCAAAGUGCCAUUGGUUAAAAAUAUCUUGAAAUUAGUAAAAGAAAAAGGAAAAAAAAACAAUUGCGAUGUCUUAAUGGUUCAAGUUUGUAGAUAUUAAAGCACAUUUUGGAAAUGAUAUUUAGAUAAACUGUUAACAUUCCAUGUUAUGUGCCUUGAAAGAAGCAGGCUAAGGAAUUGAUUUGCACUGUUGAACUUACAGUCUGCACCUCAAUCGGUUUCUACUGUACAAAAUGUAAAUUGCGAUGUAACUGAUCAAAUCGAGUGCCCGGAAAUCAAAUUUGCCUAGCUAAUAUAAAUGACUUGUAAAUAAUUCUCAAUAUUGUUGUACCAUACAAUAAACCUAUACCCAGACUCGCCAGCUCACUCAGUAAUCAACGCUGACAGCUGACAGUAUUGUGCCUGGGGAGGACAUUUUGCAAACAAAUCUGAAACCUGAAAUAAGUGUUUUAUUAACCUUUCAGGUAAAGUUGCAAACUGAAUAAAAGUUAACCAGUGA